GACCUUGUCAUAUAUAAGCCAGCACACCUGUCUGCGCUCUCUCUCUCUGGACAUUGGUCUGUGUUUGUCAAAUCUGCAAAAAUAAAGGUAAAAGUACAUGGUGGGAGAUUUUGGCAGAGUAGUGUAACCUGAAGAACAAGUCAUCCUGAGUUACACACUCCAGUACAGUAGGUGGCGAUAUGGCGAUAUGAAGUUGGUUGCAACACGCCAACCCCCCCACCCACCGUUUCUUUGGCCAAGUCCCGUAGCGGAACCCUCGCUGUUUUGUUGUUGGACGCGGAACGAUUUUGCCUGAACUCCAUGAUGGCAGCUUUAAGAAAAACACAUGUGCAGAUGUCUGGACACAAUGCAGAGCAUCAGUUUGAGGAUAACGAUGACCAAAGCAGUUCUAGUGGAGGGAGCAACGAUGAAAGGUCAGAUGAUGAAGAAAGUGAUGGACAAGAGAAUGACAAAAAUGGUGCCAGAGCCAGUGAUGGGGAGGAGGCAGAGGAUGAAGAUGACAAUAAUGCCAACGCUGGAUGGGCAGAUGCCAUGGCAAAGAUCUUGGGGAAGAAAACCGUUGAGAGCAAAACCAGCAUCUUGGUGAAGAACAAAGAGCUGGACAAGAUAAAGGAAAAAGAAAGACGGGAACAGCUGGAGAGAAAAACACAGGUUGACAAGAAGCGAGCUUGGGAGAUUAUGUGCAGGGAGAAACCUGACAUAGUGAAGGACCGUGAGGCUGAAAGAGCUCUACAAAGAACUGCUACCAGGGGUGUGGUGCAACUUUUCAAUGCUGUGAGGAAACACCAGAAAACAGUCAAUGACAAGGUAAACGAAAUUGGCGGCUCAGAGAGGAAGAAGGCCAAGUUUCUUUCAUCUUUCUCCAAGAAAGACUUCAUUGAUGUGCUAAGGACAGAGGGAGGCAGCACGGUCGCUAGCAAGAAUGAAACAGGCUCUGCUGCUGUAGCAGAUGGGAAACCUGCCUGGAGUGUCCUCAGAGAUGACUUCAUGAUGGGAGCCACCAUGAAAGACUGGGACAAAGACAGUGAUGAAGAUAAACACUCAUGAGGGGGUGUGGAGAAAGUAUUUCAGACUGACACCAUCCAUACAGACUGAUGGGACUAUGUACAGUGUGCUGUGAUGCCUUCGGUGACAGUCUGUGAACAAGACACCCUGACCUGUGCUGUAGCCUCAGAAACAUCCUUCAUUUAUCUGUGUCUGGAUAUUAAUACACGGUAAAAUAAUGAUUAGUUUGUGGACUGUACAUAAAAAUGACUUGUCCUUCACUAAGUGAACACAAAACCAUAUUUUUCCCAGCAUCAUAUCACAGUGAAGAUACUUUACAGACAGGUGAAAAGCUCUAGACCUCAAAUCUGUUAAUAUGAAUGUUUUGUACAGUGCCAGUUGAGUAAACAGUCAAUUCAUUUAUCAUCUUCA